AUGCAGCAGAUCUUUAUGGACUUCUGGACGCAAUACAGACUGAGGCCGAGUAGGGACGGCUCUCUCACGUUGAUAUGCUCAGCAACAUUUGCUUGCUCAUAUCAGAUGUGCGUGCCUUUCCAGAAGAUGUCUUUGUGCAAUAGGCUUUAUGCUCUAGGAUUGCACUGGGGAACACCGACCGUGGGCGCCAUUGCAAAUCAAUUUACGGAAUUACGUUUUGUUGAGUGCCUUGAGCGGAUGGAUGCAGUUGAAGGAGGUGGGUCCCAAGGCAUGGCGCUUACAAUGGUAUUCUACGUUGCCGUAGAAUAUUUCGUGGGUUUAAGAUCAAAUAUGUGA